UAGAAACUGAUGUGCAAUUGUUAACUUCCACUCUAUUAAUCAACUCUCUCCUUCAACUCCAAUUCGAAUUAUAUCAGUGUCGAUCACAAAUGGCUAAGAAGCGAAGCAGACGAGUAGGUCCGAGCUCGAGCCACCGGUCCGAAAGAGUCGAGUCCUCAUCCCAGAACCACCGGACCCACGGCUCAGUAAAAUCUCACACAAAUCAACAUCGUUGGCUCACCACCUUCUGCAUUCUCUUCGUUGCAAUUUUUUUACUUAUUUACCGUCAAAAUUACUAUUUCUCUACUACUGUUCGUGAUGUUGAUAGUAACAGACCCUAUGUUUACCAGCGUGGCCGAGUUAAAGCCGAUUUAACCUACCGUGAAAUUCUCACUGAGAAUACCAAAGUCUCAGAAAAUAUAAGUCAGCGGCAUUUUAGGAAUCAUGUCCUGGCUUAUAUUACUCCAUGGAAUUCAAAAGGCUAUGACCUGGCGAAGAAGUUCAGUUCUAAAAUUACACAUCUGUCACCUGUUUGGUAUGAACUGAAGAAUGAAGGAAGUAAAUUAGUUCUGAGUGGAAGACAUAAUGCUGAUAGAGGAUGGAUUUCAGACAUUCGAAUGAAAGGAAAUUCUCUGAUUUUACCUAGAGUUGUCCUGGAGGCAAUUCCAGUGGACCUGCUUAAGAAGAAGAGGCUUAGGGAGAAAGCAAUCAACCUUAUCAUAACGGAGUGCAAGGAACUGGAGUAUGAUGGUAUUGUGCUUGAAUCCUGGUCAAGAUGGGUAGCUUAUGGCAUCUUGCAUGAUUCAGAUAAGAGAAAUAUGGCAUUACAAUUUAUAAAGCAACUUGGAGAAGCUAUGCAUUCUGUGCUCUUAGACAGGAAUGGCAAAACAAAUCUACAGUUAGUGUAUGUGAUAGGUCCACCACGUACAGAUAAGCUGCAGGAGCAUGAUUUUGGACCAGAAGAUUUACAAGCCCUGAGUGAUGCUGUAGAUGGUUUCUCUCUUAUGACGUAUGACUAUUCAAGUCCUUAUAAUCCAGGUCCCAAUGCACCUCUGAAGUGGAUACACUCGACCUUGCAUCUUCUUGCGGGUGCUGGCAGCAAAGGUAGGAGAUUGGCUGAAAAGAUCUUUGUCGGGAUCAACUUCUAUGGGAACGAUUUUGUCCUGUCAAAAGUUGAUCACUCAUCUCCGUUGAAAUCUUGGGAUAUAUAUUUUGCUGGAAGGAAAUGCAACUAAAAUAUUCAGUUGGCUAUGGGUGAAUGCAAGGAUGUAUUUUCAAGAUCUUGACCUAUGAGAGUAACAUCAGCAGAAUAUUUAAGGAUAAAUUUUAAUGAUUCAAGUGCAAUGAAACAACCUUUAAAGUCGAUUCAAGUAUUAGUGAUUAAACGUCUCUAAUAUUUGAAUUUUCAAAAAUAAUUUAACCAUACGAUUGGGUGAUUAUUUCAUCCUAUGUGGGUUUCCAUGAAGUGGCACUAAUAACAAUUUGUAAAGAGCAUAAUGAUUCUUUAGUUGUUUGUAUCUGUUCAUCAUUUGCGAAGGAUCAUUACGUGCACAGAUUUAGGCGGGGGGCCUAUCAUAGCACACGAGUAUCUCUCUUUGUUGGAGCAACACAAGCCUGUAAUUCAGUGGGAGGAGGACAGUGCUGAGCAUUUCUUCUUGUAUUCUGACAAUCAGCAAGUCCAGCAUGCUGUAUUCUACCCGUCGCUCAUGUCACUUGCAGUGCGGCUUGAGGAAGCUCUUUCAUGGGGGGCAGGCAUUUCAAUUUGGGAAAUUGGUCAAGGUCCGGAAUACUUUUUUGAUAUUUUGUAGUAUUUUAAUCUUCACUUGGCAUUGUUGCCUUGUCUUACAUUUCCAUUUGUUUAAUUGAAUAGUAGAAAGAAACUUUGGUGGUACAUCUGUUGCGGAUUAGUUUCUGAAUCUAGAUUUGUAACAUCAAUAGAAGCUCUAUGUUUCCAGUUUCACUCCACUUGCACUUUUCUUGUAAAAGAUCCGUCUUCCUUUUUUUUUUUUGGGAAGAGUGAGGAUCUUAAAAUUGUUCUCUUUUGUCAAUAGCAAGGGGUGAUCGAAUAUUUCUUUCUU